AUGGAGACAGAGAUGCGCUACGACCUCCUGUACAACAAGUACCGGAUGAACAAUCCGCUCGGCCUGGACCGCAUGGUACGAGCCGGCCAACAGCAGCAGACGCCCAGCGAAGCAGACACCAUGGCACCCAAUGGCCCGAGCAGCAUGACUGAGAAUCAGAACCAAGCCGAAGUCUACGCUGACGUACCUCAUUCACAACAACAGCCCGGAUCCAUCACCGCGACAGAGAGAGCCAGCCCAUGCACCCAACAAGCUGACUCGGACACAGAAGCAUCACCGGAGACGCACCGUCAAGCUCAUGAUCCGGACCCUGACUUCGAUGACGCCGACAUCGACUCCGAUGAGGACCAGACGGACAAGGCAUCGAGUGCAGCGGUUGAUGACAAUGAGCGGACUUGCCCACGGCUCAAGCAGAACAGGGGGCAACACCUCUACGACAACAACAAGGUCGGUUUUGCCUUUCGCAAACAUCCACCGAAAGUCCUCCGCAAGCUGACCAACUGCACCAAAUUGCAGAUCAUCGCAGACGGCCUCCAGCGUUACCCUGUGGAAUAUGUCUAUUUGUGGAUCCGGCUUGGUGUCAACCUGCGUCGCGGUGGAGGUUAUCAUGGUCUGACAAGGAGAACCAGCCUGCACUUGAGCAAGCUGUGGGAGCACAAGCUGAAGCUAGGUUUUACAGGCACAGAUGUGAUGUCACGCAACGAAAAAGGGCCUGUGCCGUUGCAUUCGAUACCACUGCUAGGAGAACGAAACUGCACUGCAUCGCUACUGAAGAAGAGUGGCAAGAUGCUUUGGUUCAGGAUCUUAUGGAUCAAAACGCUGAACUCCAAGCUGAGGCCGACAAAUCCGGAGGCCGAACACCGCCAAGAUCUCCUUCCAAACGCAAUCGGGGAGGCAGUGCAGGCAGGGGUGGAGAGGCGAGGAAUCCAGCCCCUCGGUCCCAAGGGCAACAAGGAUAAUAAUGAUGGCAAGCAGCAAGCUCCAUUGCCGGCGCAGCAGGCGCCCCAGCAAGGCUGUGGGCACAAAUUCGCGGUGGACCAGGAUCUAGCCCAGCUCCUUUUUGGAGGCCGUCAGCUCAUCCAGCGCAGCUCGCAAGAGCACUCGGAAGGCUCCCAAAGAGAGGUUGCCAAAGCAACGCAGCGGAAUCUGGAGAACCAGUCUAAGCCUAAGCACUGCCGACUUGUGCCAUCUGGACCAAGCCUCCAAAUGUCGGCCGGGCAGCAGUCGUUCGUGACGAAGAGCUCGAAGUUGAACUACAGCUCCGUGGCGGCCCGUUGGGUGGAAGACAACACCUUCCAGAUGCAGACGAUAGGAGUCGCAGACUACAAUCUGUCAGAAAUUUGUUUGCACACGCCUCUGGCAAUGCUGAAGGAGCUGCCGGUCCAGAGUGAAGUGAAGACGGAUCUGGACAAGGACCAAGACUUCAAGUUACCCUCGCACGCAGAGGUGCAUGCGAAUGCGAAGCCAAUGUUCUCAUCAAAGUGGGAGCGCGCUGUGGCUUAUCAUCAUGGUCUUUAUGUGCCUGAGAAAUAUGCCGCGACCAAGACGGCCGAAGACAUCCGCGUGGCUGUCGCCGACUACUCGGACAAGGUGCACAAGGAUUCCCCAAAGGAUGCCUGCAAGUACCUGCAGAUUGAGGAAUUUCGCUGCUUGAACGUCCAUCAGUUUGAAAGUCAGCCGGAGGUGGCAGCAAAGAAGUGCAUGAAGUGGUGGGAUGAAGUUCAGAAAUGCCAGUGGGACCAAGCAAAGUUCAAUGCUGGAACGACUUACAUUGAGGGACCACAGAUGCGCCGCCGGCGUGCCUACAUCUUCUACCCGGACUUCAAAUAUGCGUGA